AUAAAAGUCUCUUUGAAAUGUUUAAGAAACUGACUCAGUCCUUAACUCGACUUGAGUUCACUUGACUUCAAGCCUUCAUCAUGAUUGCUCCUGCAUUUGUAGUUGCGCUGCUUCUUAGCGCUGGUUCAGCCAUGCCAACGGUUCCCCUAGCGGCCGUUACAAACGCUGGCUCACAGGAGGAUUUGGGGUUAUCAGUAACAAUAAAUAUCAAGGACACAGAAGAAGGCUUUACUGAGAUUCUUGGUCAAGUUCUUCAAUUCGCUCCACUCCUUACCACCCUUGUAGGAAAGAAAGAUCUCCAAGAAGGCUGGACUGAUAUUCUUAGUCAAGUUGUUCAACUGGCUCCAUUAGCCGUCACCCUGCUUGGCAAAAAAGAAACCGAAGAAGGCUUUACUGAGAUUCUUGGUCAAGUUCUUCAAUUCGCUCCACUCCUUACCACCCUUGUAGGAAAAAAAGAUCUCCAAGAAGGCUGGACUGAUAUUCUUAGUCAAGUUGUUCAACUGGCUCCAUUAGCCGUCACCCUGCUUGGCAAAAAAGAAACCGAAGAAGGCUUUACUGAGAUUCUUGGUCAAGUUCUUCAAUUCGCUCCACUCCUUACCACCCUUGUAGGAAAGAAAGAUCUCCAAGAAGGCUGGACUGAUAUUCUUAGUCAAGUUGUUCAAUAUGCUCCAUUAGCCCUUACCCUGCUUGGCAAAAAAGAAACCGAAGAAGGCUUUACUGAGAUUCUUGGUCAAGUUCUUCAAUUCGCUCCACUCCUUACCACCCUUGUAGGAAAAAAAGAUCUCCAAGAAGGCUGGACUGAUAUUCUUAGUCAAGUUGUUCAAUAUGCCCCAUUGGCCCUUACCCUGCUUGGCAAAAAAGAAACCGAAGAAGGCUUUACUGAGAUUCUUGGUCAAGUUCUUCAAUUCGCUCCACUCCUUACCACCCUUGUAGGAAAGAAAGAUCUCCAAGAAGGCUGGACUGAUAUUCUUAGUCAAGUUGUUCAAUAUGCUCCAUUGGCCCUUACCCUGCUUGGCAAAAAAGAAACCGAAGAAGGCUUUACUGAGAUUCUUGGUCAAGUUCUUCAAUUCGCUCCACUCCUUACCACCCUUGUAGGAAAGAAAGAUCUCCAAGAAGGCUGGACUGAUAUUCUUAGUCAAGUUGUUCAAUAUGCUCCAUUGGCCCUUACCCUGCUUGGCAAAAAAGAAACCGAAGAAGGCUUUACUGAGAUUCUUGGUCAAGUUCUUCAAUUCGCUCCACUCCUUACCACCCUUGUAGGAAAGAAAGAUCUCCAAGAAGGCUGGACUGAUAUUCUUAGUCAAGUUGUUCAACUGGCUCCAUUAGCCGUCACCCUGCUUGGCAAAAAAGAAACCGAAGAAGGCUUUACUGAGAUUCUUGGUCAAGUUCUUCAAUUCGCUCCACUCCUUACCACCCUUGUAGGAAAGAAAGAUCUCCAAGAAGGCUGGACUGAUAUUCUUAGUCAAGUUGUUCAAUAUGCUCCAUUGGCCCUUACCCUGCUUGGCAAAAAAGAAACCGAAGAAGGCUUUACUGAGAUUCUUGGUCAAGUUCUUCAAUUCGCUCCACUCCUUACCACCCUUGUAGGAAAGAAAGAUCUCCAAGAAGGCUGGACUGAUAUUCUUAGUCAAGUUGUUCAAUAUGCUCCAUUGGCCCUUACCCUGCUUGGCAAAAAAGAAACCGAAGAAGGCUACUGAGAUUCUUGGUCAAGUUCUUCAAUUCGCUCCACUCCUUACCACCCUUGUAGGAAAGAAAGAUCUCCAAGAAGGCUGGACUGAUAUUCUUAGUCAAGUUGUUCAAUAUGCUCCAUUGGCCCUUACCCUGCUUGGCAAAAAAGAAACCGAAGAAGGCUUUACUGAGAUUCUUGGUCAAGUUCUUCAAUUCGCUCCACUCCUUACCACCCUUGUAGGAAAGAAAGAUCUCCAAGAAGGCUGGACUGAUAUUCUUAGUCAAGUUGUUCAAUAUGCUCCAUUAGCCGUCACCCUGCUUGGCAAAAAAGAAACCGAAGAAGGCUUUACUGAGAUUCUUGGUCAAGUUCUUCAAUUCGCUCCACUCCUUACCACCCUUGUAGGAAAGAAAGAUCUCCAAGAAGGCUGGACUGAUAUUCUUAGUCAAGUUGUUCAAUAUGCUCCAUUGGCCCUUACCCUGCUUGGCAAAAAAGAAACCGAAGAAGGCUUUACUGAGAUUCUUGGUCAAGUUCUUCAAUUCGCUCCACUCCUUACCACCCUUGUAGGAAAGAAAGAUCUCCAAGAAGGCUGGACUGAUAUUCUUAGUCAAGUUGUUCAAUAUGCUCCAUUGGCCCUUACCCUGCUUGGCAAAAAAGAAACCGAAGAAGGCUUUACUGAGAUUCUUGGUCAAGUUCUUCAAUUCGCUCCACUCCUUACCACCCUUGUAGGAAAGAAAGAUCUCCAAGAAGGCUGGACUGAUAUUCUUAGUCAAGUUGUUCAAUAUGCCCCAUUGGCUCUCACCCUGCUUGGCAAAAAAGAUAGCAUAUCUGAGGACUUUGGAGCUACUAUUACAAUUACAAUCUAACAAGGUACAAAAAGAUUUUGUAUUACGCUUGAACACAUUUUUGUGAAACAAAAAUCAGAAAAUAACGCAAUUUUGAAACGUUUUUGUUUUCGAAGAAAAUAAACGUUCUUUUGUGACACUGAAAUAUUUGAAAAACAAAAACGGACCGAUUGUUCGUGAAAAAAAAAGUACAUUUCAAAUUUUAAAUUGAUCUUAAUAGAAAGCGUUUUGGUUUUGUAUUACAUCUGCUGUGCCAGUUUUUAAAUACGAAAAUAAAUAUGAAAUAACACAGAUCUUUGUCAAUUAAAUGUUUUUUCCUUGUUUGUAAGUAGUUUUUAGACACAUCAAAGCUUUAAGGGUUAAAAUGUUAAAAUAGUUCUCAACGGCCAAUAAGAAAACAGGUCGGUCUCUAUGCCUAUUAUUGUUACUGUUAUAAAAAUAAAGUGUAUUAUUAUUA